AUGCCUUACAACAUUGCUAUGGUCAGCGACUUCUUCUUCCCCCAACCAGGUGGAGUGGAAAGUCACAUCUAUCAGCUCUCAACCAAGCUCAUUGAUCGUGGCCACAAAGUCAUCAUCAUAACACAUGCAUACAAAGGGCGGACGGGGGUGCGAUACCUGACAAAUGGGCUCAAGGUGUACCAUGUUCCCUUCUUCGUGAUCCACCGGGAAUCGACCAUGCCGACGGUCUUCUCAUUCUUCCCUAUCUUCCGCAACAUUGUGAUCCGUGAGCAGAUCCAGAUUGUGCAUGGCCACGCGAGCUUGAGCAGCUUUUGCCAUGAAGCCAUUCUUCAUGCACGCACCAUGGGUCUCCGGACCGUGUUCACGGACCAUUCCCUGUUCGGCUUUGCUGAUGCGGCAUCCAUUCUCACCAACAAAUUGCUUAAGUUUAUCCUAAGUGACGUCGACCACGUUAUCUGUGUCAGCCAUACAUGUAAAGAGAACACGGUCCUUCGAGCCUCCUUGGAUCCACUCAUGGUGUCGGUGAUUCCUAAUGCGGUGGUGGCCGAGAACUUCCGACCCGCAGAACCGCGGUCGAUGAAGCCUAUCGGUCCCAACGACACCAUUACUAUCGUUGUCAUAUCCCGUCUGUUCUACAACAAAGGCACUGAUCUGCUCAUCGCGGCUAUUCCGAGGAUCCUUGCGUCGCAUCCGAAUGUACGCUUCAUCAUUGCAGGUUCCGGCCCCAAAGCGAUCGACUUGGAGCAAAUGCUAGAGCGUAACGUGUUGCAAGACAAGGUCGAAAUGCUGGGACCGGUGCGACAUGAGGAGGUCCGAGAUGUCAUGGUUCGUGGCCACAUCUACCUCCAUCCCAGCUUAACCGAAGCCUUCGGCACAGUCAUAGUUGAGGCCGCCAGUUGUGGACUGUACGUGGUGUGCACUCGGGUGGGUGGCAUUCCCGAGGUACUGCCUCAGCAUAUGACGACGUUUGCGAAGCCUGAGGAGGACGAUAUUGUCCUAGCGACUGGAAAGGCCAUCGCUGCCUUGCGGUCGAAUAAGGUGCGAACGGAGCGCUUCCAUGACCAAGUGAAGAUGAUGUAUUCCUGGACGGACGUUGCCGAGCGCACUGAGCGAGUCUACCAAGGUAUCUCCGGGGAUAUCAGCCCAGAGGAGUUCUACGGAUAUUAUCCGGGGGAGGGGCUUGAGGCCAGCGGCGACCGUGUGCGCAGCUUUGCGUUGAUCGACCGGCUGAAACGAUACUAUGGCUGUGGUGUGUGGGCAGGCAAGCUCUUUUGUCUGUGCGUGGUGAUUGAUUUUCUUCUUUACGCUUUCCUGGAGAUGUGGUUCCCGCGAGCGAACAUCGACAUUGCGCGCAGCUGGCCCAAGAAGGUACACCAACGGAACGACAACCACACUUUGGGCAAUGACCCAAAGAACGACCGCGAUCGUCUAGAUACAAACUGA